GAGGCUCUGCUGGAGUUUGUUGAGAGCUGAAGUGAGUGGGGUCAAUGUGAUCCAACGGAAAGAGUUUCGGAAGAUGGAGUGCUGGCUGGUUAAGUCUUACCUGAUCCUUGCAUUGUCCAUUGGGGGAGUCAGGGCAUUUGGCGCAGGGGACAGCAGUGGUACUAGCUGGUAUCGUGGCUGCUAUAAUUUCACAGUGUUGGACAUCUGGGAGCCAAUGUUCCAGGCAUCAAAUUUAAUUGAACCUGCUAUCUGUGCAAAAUGUUGCUUUCAGAAAAGCUUUGAUUUAACUGUGCUUUUAAGUGGGACAGAUUGCUUUUGUGCUAAUGAAACCAAAACAUUCUGGAGUUUAAGUGACAACAACUCUUCCCUCAGCAAUGAUACUUUGCUGAGUACCAGCCCGACCCACAGCAGCAAUCUUACUGCAAGAGACAACCUUUCCUUAAGCACAGAAUGCAUAAGCAGGUGCUUUGGGUUUGUUUGUUGGUUAUAUGGAGAUGGUGAAAAUAAAGUGGCUGUGUAUCAAACAGUUGGGCCAUACAUAAGGAACCUUAGCCUGAUGCUUAUAGCAGACCAAGUACAGACCAGGAAACCGUUCAUGCUGGAAGUGUGCGGCUAUUUGGCUAGUCCUCUUGAAAAAGCCAUAGGUACUGGAACUCUCAAUACAGCUGACCUAUCUUAUGUGCUCUUGAAAAUUCAUUGGGAUAGUGCAGGCCAUAGCAUUCUGAAUGCCACUGUUACCUCCAAUGGAUUUUUUUCUUCAUCUCCUAUUUGGAUCUACACUGACCCUGGAACCUAUUUGAUAACUGUACAUGCAGAAAAUCCAAUCUCUAGGGAGAAGAAAAACAUCAGUGUUGUGGUUCUGGACCCUGUUCCUACUGCCCUUGAAGUGAAGCUUGUACAAGUGACUGAGCAGAUCCCAUCCUGCAUUCCAUUUGAUGUCGAUCAAGCAAGUCCCCUUGAGAAAGUUUUCCUUGGAAUUGACUACAGCUUUGAGGCCUUUGUUGCUAUGGGGAUUGAUUUGAAAUUCCUUUGGCACUUCAGUGAUGACAACAGCACAUACUCCUCAGACAGUUUACAGAAUUGCACUGAAUAUCAGCAACUGGACUGUCUUUUGGAUACAGUGAAUCAUACAUUUCACCAUGAAGGUGUCUACCAAGUGACUGUCAAUGUAUCAAAUGUCUACGACUGGAUACAGAAAACAAUCAGUGUGGCUGUGGUAAGGGAAUCACUCUCCAGUUUGACAUUUCACUCAAAAAGUGGCUACCAUGUUGCUGUUGGUGAGAACAUAACGUUGGAAAUGGAAUUAUUCACCACGAUACGUCAAUUAUUAGCCUUUGAGAUCACAUUUGAACCUGGAAUGACUCAUCGUCACAUGUUGGGUGACCAUUCACCAGCAUUUGAGAGCCGUUCACACAUCGAACUUAUGGAAGACUAUGGCUUACGGAAUUGUACUUUGCGCAUACAAAUCUUCCACAUGUACAGCUUUAUUGGUGGCUUUAAUGUUUCAGUCGGCCUGUAUUAUGGAUUGGGUGUGCUCAAUGCAACACUGACAGAGCUCAUUCAGGUCUAUGAUUCCAUAAACAAAAUUUACCUGCUUUUUUGGGAUAGAAUAGUUCCUUCAAGAGUAAACUUGACUUUUAGGGUUGCAAGUGAAGUUAAUAAAACUGGGUCACAAUGUGUUUGGACUAUUCAAAAUGGCAACAGCACUUUAAGUACAAGAAGAACUGCUGACUGGAAUUUCCGGUAUUUAUUUGAAAGAGCUGGAAUCUAUGAUUUACAAGUGACAAUGUCUAAUCCAAUCAGCAGUGCCUCAUUUAGGACCACCAUUGAAGUCCAGGAUGCAAUCCAAGGCCUCUCUCUGUUCAGCUCUAGUCCCAGAUAUCUACCAACUGAUUCCACAGUCAUUCUUCAUGCUCGUGUACUCAGCGGAACUAACAUCACAUAUAUAUGGACAUUUUCUUCAAAUUCAACAGGUGUGCAAGCAGAUACACCUCAAAUGGUGCAUACGUAUACGAAGCCAGGAGUCUACUUAGCCAGUGUAACAGCAAGAAACAAUUUAAAUGAACUAACAGCAAAUGCAAUAAGAUUUACAGUACAAGAUCUCGUGGGGGAUAUAACGACAAGCAUUCCCAAUAUAAUCACAGUUAAUCAAACGAUAAUCAUCUCGACUUCUGUAACGUCUGGCACGGACCUGACUGUUGAAGUGCUGGUGAAUGAUUCUACACUGUUCAACACCAGUAGUUAUGUGGCAGACAAUCCACUGGAUCUGCCUUUUGUCUUCAGCCAAACAGGGGAAUUGCAGCUGUUGCUUCGAGUUGCAAACUUGAUCUCUUCUCACAAUGUUUCAGCAACAGCAUUGGUGGUUAAAGAAAUUCAUGUUGUCUUCAUAGAAAUACAACAACAACCAAUUGUUGGUGAAGAUGUCAUUCUUACGGCAAAAGUUAAUGAAUACCUAUGGAAAAAUAGAGCAUACAUAUACAAAUGGACUCUGUUUCAUAAUCAGACAAUAACAACUGGUAGUCCUGUCGCAUUGUACAGCUGCAGAAAAGCUGGACUUCACCAGGUCUCUUUGUCGGUUUCUAAUCUAGCAUCUGAGACUUCAAGUGAACUUUUUUUGAAUGUUUCCAAACUGGGUAGUGGACCGAGACUCUCUCAUUUGCCAAACAUGGCAGUUGGAAAACCUGUCAUCUUUACAUUUAAGAACAUUUCUUCAGACAUGGGUGAGUUUGUGGUGCACUUUGGUGAUGGAAAUUCGACAAACUUUUCUGCUUCCAGUUACAAUAGUUUCAGCAUCAACCACACUUAUGCAGUUGCUGGAAUCUAUAACAUUGAAGCAUUCUUCAGUUCGCAGAUUGUUCUGCUGUCUUCAACUGUUGUCAUUCAGGACCUGAUUCAAAACCUGCACCUCAUGGGUCCAACCAGCUUGAGCAUUGCUACGAGUCCACUUCAACCUUCUGUUGCAAAAUGGAAAGCUAAGCUUGGGAGUGGAUCCAACUAUAUCUUUGUAUGGUUGUACUCGGACGGCACAAUGAACCACACUCUUGUAGGUCCAAACCAGUUGAGUAUGGCGAUUAAUUCAACUGGUUUAAUAAGUGUUGAGGUUGUGGCACAGAAUGAAGUGAGCUGUGCCAGAGCUAGCAAGAUAACAGUAGCUCAGUAUCCUGUAAUGAGUACUACUAUUACUGUGGCUCGAGUGGCACUAAACAAAGCCAGUAACAUUGUACUUAAUAUAAAGCCUAAACAAGACUACAUCAUUGCAAUAGACUAUGGUGAUGGAAUAAACGACCUUUUUGAAUCACGCUCUCUUGAUUCUCGAACUGGCUGCUUGGAAACUUCUCUUCAUUGCUUGAAUUUUGUUUUCGAUCAUACGUAUGCUGCUGUUGGUCAAUACCAUUUGAAUGCUACAGUUUCCAAUAAUGUAAGCACUGUUGUAUCAACAGCCAUUGCAGUUGUUGAGGAGCCGAUUACCGGUUUUAAAUUGAUUCUGAAUUCACCAAGAGUGAUCAAGUUCAAAGACUAUAUUAAUGCAACAGCAUCAGUACAAACUGGUACAGAUGUUACCUUUCAAUGGAUCAUUUCAAUACCUCACGCCAACCCGUUUAUUCUUACUCAGGAGGGUGAUCUUGUUAGCACGAUUAACUACCAAGCACAUGCAGGAGGCAAUUACUAUGUUAAAGUAAUAAUUUCCAGCCCACUAUACAGCAGUCCUUUCAGUCAAUUGCUUCCAGGCGUUGUAAAAGUAAGAACUCCGAUUGUGGGUUUACAGGCAUUAUUCCCGUUUAAUACUAAUAGUGCAAAACUUCUGCUACAGCCAGAUGGUAGCUAUGCCACGCAGAUCUUGGGCUUCAGUGCUCAUACCUUUUCUGAAGAGGUCAAGUUUUCAUUUGACUUUGGAGAUGGCUCACUGCUACUUGUUGUGAGUGGAAUGCAGAGUAGCUUUGAUGGUACAUUUGCUUCUGGACGACACAAGUUUACCAAAGAGGGUGUGUUCUACAUCACAGUCUCAGCUUUCAAUGAGUUCUAUAAUGCUACUAAAGAACUUGGUGCUUAUUAUGUGCAAUUAGUUCCAGAAAGCCUGCUAUUGACUAUGAAUUCCAGUAUAAUCCACAAAAAUGAAGUUAUUCUGUUCAGUGCAAUACUGAGGAAAGGAACUGAUGUGACUUACAGCUGGAACAUGGGUGAUCAAACUUCCUACGUAGAUGAAGGUCCUAUAAUCAGGCACAAGUUUUUGUCAGCUGGAAUGUACAAUGUCACAGUAAAUGCAAGGAAUAAAGUGGGGCUGGUCUCGACUUGCGUAAAUGUAGCUGUGCUCUACAGAAUGCAGCCUGUUUAUAUCUUUACAAAUAAGACUAUAUACGCUACCUAUUCUGACAUUGUGUUCACGGCAGUAACUGCAGAGGAUGACCCUUUGCAGUUUGCCUGGCAUUUUGGAGAUAAACCACCAGUGAAAACAACAUCGAGAACCAUAACUACGAGAUAUUCCACCCCAGGAAGGUAUAAUGUGGUAGUAAAUGCUUCAAAUCAGAUUAGUUCUUUCACAUCAAACAUCUACCCCAUUGAGCUACAGCAGAUAGUUGAACCGAACAGGCUUCGAAUGAACAACCAAGAUCUUAUUUCGGUUCUCUUAAACUCGACUAUUACUAUGGAAGUGCGCAUUAACUAUGGAACCAAUCUCACAUACUUGUGGAAUUUUGGUGAUGGCACUGUGAUGAUUGGAAACAGGAAAGAGUUUCACAGUUACGAUAGAGAAGGAGAAUAUACAGUUCAAGUAAUCAUCUCUAAUAAUGUGAGCUCUGCCUCACUCACUGGCCAGCUUUUUGUUAUUUCUGAAAAUUGCCAACCACCUCCAGUGAAAAGCUAUGGUCCAUCAAAAAUAGAGGUUAGAAGAUAUCAGACGUUCAAGCUUGGAGUUACAUUUGAGAGCGAGUUUGUCUGUAACAUCUCCAGAGGCAUUCAGUACAGCUGGUCCUUCUUUCAACCAGAUGGUUCGCUGGCCACAUUAUCACAAGUUGAUGUAAAUAAACAGUUUAUACUCAUUCCAGGCUAUCUAUUGGAUUAUGGAAACUACCUUGCAAUUGCCCGGGUUCAAAUUGUUGGCAGUGUGGUUUAUAACAACUAUACUGUAAAUGUUGAGAUCCUUGCUACCCCACCAGUGAGUCUCAUUUCAGGUGGUACACAGCUCUUCAUGACCUACAAUCAUGACUCCAUCAUAAGUUUGAAUGGAUCAGAAUCAUAUGAUCCAGAUUAUCCAGGCACUGCAGACCUCAGAUUUUCCUGGGCUUGUGAAACAGUGAGUGGUCUAAAUGUCCCUUGCUUCAAACCUGAUGUGCCAGAUCCACUGAACACAACAUCCAGUACGGUCAAUGUCACAAUGUCUGCAUUGAAAACUGAGAUUGAUCAGUUUGUCUUCAAGUUAACAGUUAACAAUAAGAAAAGAUAUUCUUCAGAAGCACAGCAGUUUGUAACCAUCAAAAAUAAAGACGAUUUAAGAUUGGUGAAAAUCUACUGUGCUGAAUGUCUGAACAAUUCAGUCAACUGGAACGAAGCAUUUUCUGUCAAAGCUGUGUGUGAGGACUGUUCAGAAACUUCGAACCUUUCAUAUUCUUGGAAGUUAUAUCUUGUGAAUUCAACCGAAACAGAGCCAAUUGAUGUUCCAUUUUGUAAACUUGUGGUCGACAAUUUGCAGUCAAGUUUAUACGGCCCUAUUGUGAGUAUGCCACCUUCAUCUGAUGUGACUUCCAGCAGCCAGACAUUAAUAAGUACUGCUAUGAAUAGGACCAGCAUUCAACAAGCUCAGUCUCCAACCAGCCACAUCAACAAAGGCAGUCUCGAUACUUGGAUUCAAAACAAUCCUAGCAAUGCGAUCAGUAGCACUACAGUUUCAAGUCGCCCUGUUGUUGCAGUCAACGCCUCCACAAUUAGUGCGACAAACAAAAUAAUAAGAACCACUACCACACAAAAUCCAUUCCCAUUUCCAAUGCCAGAGGAACAGAUCUUCAAUGGGAGGCCUCGUACAAGGCUUCCACGAACUGCCAUAUCAGCAAAUGCUUCAUUCUCUAAUGUUUCAGCAAAUGUCAGCAACAGCACCAAAGUUAACAGCGGAAGUGUCUUCGGUGAAGGUUCUUCAAAUACAGCAGAGAACUCCACUGAUUAUUCAGAGUAUGAUACACAUUAUAAUACAAUAGAAGGAACCUCUGGGUCUGGUGGGAGGCCAGGAUUUCAAGGAGGUGGAUUUAGUGGCAGUAACACAGGUAAUGGAGCUGGUACAGACCCAUCUGGAGGAUCUACUUUUGGAUCAGAAACAGGAGACGGUGAUGAUGUUCUUCCAGACAUGCAGCCUCCACCCGCAUCAAGACCAAGCCCCAUGAUAGAGUGGACCAAAGUGGCUAUUAAUGAUAUGAAGUUUGAAACUUACACAACAACAGGUAUAAAAUCACAGACUUUAACAUUUCAACCGUUCAGCUUGAUAAGUAAGAAGAUUUACAUGAUAGAAGUUAUUGCUGUAGGAGAUCAGAGCCAAACAGGAAAAGCACAACUUUUUCUCUUCAUGAAUGAAGCACCCCAAGGAUUGUCAUGUGAAGUGCGACCCAGCAUUGGAUCAGAGAUUCUGACCCAUUAUGGCAUGUUCUGUACUUCAGGCAGGAAGGAUCUGCAUUAUAAGUACAGCUACAGCAUUGGCAAUUCAACUGAAACAGUCCUGUAUGAUGGAAGGGAUCAUGAAUACUACUUUAAUUUGCCUGCUGGUGAAGCAUCUGAUGAAUAUAAAUUGACAAUCAACACUGUGAUUACUGACCUUCUCGGAUCUAAAACCAAGCCAUGCCCAGUUACUCCAGUUGUUUUGCCAAGUAUUAAAACAGAUGAAGAACUGUACACUCAGGGUCUUCAGAACCUUUCAAUUCUCAUGUUGUUGGGAAAUCAAAAAGAAACAAAAAAUUACAUUUUGUUGCUGACCAGAGUGCUCUACCGUCUCCAUAAGGAAGGAUAUAGUGCAAGAGAUUUCCAGAAAUGGACAAGAAAUGCAUUAAUUCAAGCCGUUUGCAGCCUAAGUAUAUCUGGUCAGAGGGAGCUGAUGGAAACGGUAUCUGUAUUGCAUGACCUUGUUAAUAUAACUGAUGAGAUAACUUUGGAAAGUGCAUUAAUUGUUACAAGAGCAGUCAAAAACAUGAUCAAACUAUUUAAUGAAUCUGGAGGGUUCAGAAUGCAUGAAGAAUUGGUGAAGAAGAUAGUCUUUGUGGUUACCGAUGUAAUGGGUACAACUGACAACGGUGCAGCAACAUCAAAGAGUUUGCUAUUUGAAGGUUUGGGAGCAACAACUGAACUGUUAUUGAGGUAUGUGUUAAUCAACAAUCAAUCACAGUUUUACAUGAACACCAAUUUAAUGGAGUUUCGGACCACUCAAAACUAUGGUUUUCAGAACGCCGUUCAAAGUACACAGUCUGUGAAGUUUUAUCUUCCUGAUCUCCUGGAUAAGCAGAUUUCUGAUGAAAGAAGUAGUUGCAUCAUAAGUCAUCUGAUCAGUUUCAAGCAGAAUCCAUACCCGUGGGGAAUGUCUCCAGUGGAGAUUAAUGGUGAUGUUGCUGACCUGACUCUGUAUAACUGCACAAACAGGCGAAAAAUCAAAGUAAAAGGGCUCAAAUCACCAAUUCUAAUCGAGUUUAAAAGGAAUGAUGCAAUUCAGGAACAGCUUUCAGUAUACUUGCUACUUCGUACGCACAUGAAUGUUCAUAUCUUGCCAGUUACACAGGCAAACAUACAGCAAGCUUUGCAGAUAAGAGUGAACUUCACUCGGCUUAACCAGCAAGUGUUUCCUGUCAUGCUGCUAGUGAGGUUCAACAGAGAACCAACUCCAAGUAAAUAUAACUUGAAACAAAUCCAUUAUUGGGAUGGCGAUACAGUACACUUAUUUAUUCCGGCAUUCUCGCUUCCAAGUGUAGGAACAUAUUACCUCAGUCUUUUAGAUGCUAACUAUGAUAGAAAACCGAAAAAUACCUAUCUUGCCAAUAAUGUGAGUUAUACUGUGAACAUUCAGUGGACCCAGUGUUUGUACUGGGAUGAUAACCGAGAGUGGAAAUCUGAUGGCUGUUCACCCCAACAGGAAUUAGAUUCAGAGAAAAUAAACUGCAGUUGCAACCACAUGACAACAUUUACAGUUGCACGUAAGGAACUUGUGAUGAAGGAUGUCCAAUUCACAGAUAUCUUGACCUUUAUCAGUGUCUUCGAAAACUAUGUCACUUGCAUCACUGUGUUAUUUGCCCUUAUCUUAUACACUCCGCUGGUUAUCUUGUGCAAACGCAUGGAUUUUUCUGUUGAGACAAAACCUGGACUUAUAGUAUUGCAGGAUAAUCCUCCUACUGACCAGUGUUUAUAUGAGAUCAUUGUUGAGACUGGCUUCAGGACGAGAGCUGGGACUACUGCAAAGGUUUAUAUCAAACUUCAUGGAGAAGAUGGUGUUUCUGAAACAAGAGAGUUAUUCCACGCUGAGAAGCAAUUAUUUGAGAGGAAUUCAAGACAUACAUUUAUCAUGAGUGUUCCAGAGAACCUUGGUUCUAUUUGGAAGGUUCACCUUUGGCAUAACAAUGGUGGCCAUUCACCCAGCUGGUAUGUCACCUCCGUUAUUGUCAAGGACUUGCUUCAUGGCACAUGCUGGUUCUUUCCUGCUGAAUGCUGGCUUGCAGUUGAGGAAGGCGAUGGAAAAGUUGAACGAGAAUUAAUCUCACUCACCCAUGGGCCUGGCUUCAAAAGACUUCUAUAUAGCAAACUAACUGACUACCUGGAAGACUUCCAUCUUUGGGGAUCAGUGUAUAGUCGUCCAUCUUAUAGCUCAUUUACGCAUACUCAACGCCUCACUGUCUGCCUUUGCCUGCUGUUGGGUUACAUGUGCCUGAGUGCCAUACUGACUUAUCUGAAGAAUGAGGAGUACACAGCUGAACUAGGUCUCAUUGAUGUCUCCGCAACCUCCCUAGUUACUGGAUUGAUUACAACUAUCGUGGUUCUGCCAAUUGGGUUGUUGCUCUCAUUGCUAUUCAGGUUUAGCAAGGUAAAAUCACUGAGAGAAGCUGCUGUUGAAGAACAAUAUAUGACUACAAGAGAAUCUAAUGUGUAUUCUGUUGAAGCACAUCGGGAUGCUAUUCUGACUUCGGACAGUGCAUUUGAAUCCUACCUACCUUGGCAAAAUCUUCAGCAAUGGGCACAGGAAGUGUGGAGGAAAAAAUAUGAGCGUGGUUUACUGGACUCACAAUCUCCCAGUGUUCGCUCAGGGCACUGCAGUGAAAGAAGCAACAAGGACGGAAAUUGCUUGUCUGAAGGCAGCUCAAGUGGAUUUGAGGACUGCAGUUCACAGGAAAAUGCCAAACGAGUGCCAAAGGAUUCCAAACACAGUACAAGUGACUUGCAAUCAGAUUAUUCAUCAGAACACAGCAGUUUGUUUGAUCAGGCCGUGAUGAAUAGAGCCAGAUAUUUUCUCCCGACAUGGUGCAAUUAUCUUGCCUGGGUGAUCUGCCUUUUAAUUGCUUUUGUGUGCAUAUUGACAACAGUCCUGUUAGGACUACGGUUUGGGCCAACUAAGUCGGUACUGUGGUUACACUCACUGUUCUUCUCACUCCUGUAUUGCAUCUUUAUCAUCCAACCUAUUGCAAUUUUCUGCACUGCAGCUGUUGUCGCGUUGAAAAAUAAGGAUUGCAGCGAUAUUUACAACAUUGUUGAUUCAAAUUCUUCAUUGAAAACCUGCAAGCAAUGGAAUUCAGAAGCUGGUAUCCUUCCUGAGAGAAACCCCAUUGAUAUUAAUUACAAUAUAUAUAACUCUCCUAUGGAUCUUGACAGGAUUGUUGCUGCUCGCCAACGGGCUCGCUAUUUACGAUUAGCUCGACCGCCGACUCUAACACAACUUAAAGAAGCCAGAGACCGUAUGAGAAAAGAAAGCAUCAUUCAGCAGACAUUACAAGAGUUUGUGCUUUACAUUGUCAUGCUGAUUCUUCUGCUGUUGAUAACAUUUGCCAAAUUUUCCAAAGAUGAAUAUUACCUCAACCAAGCUAUUCGGGUAGAGUUUACAAGGAAUCAGAAACACCCUUUCAUCAAUAUCAAAACAACUGAUGACUGGUGGAAUUGGAGCUUUGGUGCCUUGUUACAUGGUCUGUACGGGGACACAUGGUACAACAAUGCUGCAGCAAAAAGCCAGGCUGGUCCUCUUCAAGGAAAAUGUUAUUUGAUUGGCACUCCAACUCUGAGGAAAAUCCAAGUCACCAAUAACUCCAGCUGCAAUAUUCCAGAAGUAUUGUCAGGAUUUAUCCAGCAUUGUAAAUUUCCGUACACUACUAUGAUCCACAAUCCAGCUCAUUCAAACACAAUGAAGCAUGUAGGAAUUGAGCAGUCCAGCCAGUGUGGCCAACUUAAUUGCUACAGAGGAACAGGAUCUGUGGUUAACCUCAGUAGAACAUGGGACAAGACUUAUGCAACAUUACUAACACUGAAGGAAACCGGGUGGAUUAAUCAGAACACAAGAGCAGUGAUCGUUGAGUUCACUCUCUACAAUCCUCCAACCAACCUCUUCACCACAGUGUCUCUGCUGGCAGAGUUUCCACCAUUAGGGGGAGUGCUUCCAUCAGCUCGUAUAGAGUCAGUCAGCAUUUACCAGAAGAACUCUGUUGUGGAUUAUUUCAUUAUGGCUUUUGAGCUUUUGUUCCUGGCCCUUAUUCUACUUCACCUGUACUUCCAGGUGUGCAAGAUGUCUCAGAGAGGCAUACUGAGUUACUGGCAGGAGCCUUGGAACUGGUUGGAGAUUGGACUUGUCAUGGUCAGUCUCUUCUAUUACGUAUAUUAUGUAUUUUACUUCAUCUUGGCUGUGGAUAUUAUUGACCAUCUUCACAGUGGAUAUUUCAAAGCCUUUGUAGAUAUGAGCUUUAUUUCUGCAUGGAUGCAGAUGAAACGCUUCCUUCAUGGUUUGAUUGUUUUCUUGCUGUUCAUAAAAAGCAUUCGUUUGCUACGUGUUAACAAGUUGAUUGCUCCCUGUGUAACAAUGUUGCGACUGUCCUGUUCCUGCCAGAUGCUCCCAAUGCUGUGUGGUAUUUUAGUCAUCCUGGCCUAUUCCUGCCUGGGCAACUUACUAUUCUUGUCGGAAUCCUAUUCAUUCAGUACCACAGUGAAAGCUUUUCAGACAGUUCUGAUGAACUUUAUGGGCAUGAGUGAAAUGAGAACACUUUCAACUCUAUACAAGUUAAACCAGCUAUCCAUUGGUGCCUACUAUGCAACAUUUUUGAUUAUUAUGACAAUUCUUUGGGCUGAAUUGUUCAUAGGGAUUUUCACCUCACUGGCAGAAGAGGCAAAGAAGUCAUCACGAAGUAGACACCUGGUGACAUUCACUGAAUUUGGAGUUUACACUCGAGAGAAGAUAAUGACUUUCACAGGAAGGAACAGAAACAAAGAAGCAGACCAUUAUCCAACUCAAGGAAAUAACUUUUACUUAGAUGAGUUUGAAAACUUGAUGGAUGAAUUGUUGUUCCGACUGAAUGCGCUCUCAAACAGCCUCCACCACUCUCUCCCAGCAAAGCCACAUCUUUUGGAGGACAGUCCACAUGGAUUGAAUCGUGGAUAUUACUACAACCAGCAAUCUGAGAAUCACACUUUUUAUGAAAAUCAUUUGGAACAUAAAAUUUACAAACUUGAAGAAGAACUAUUUAGAAAUAAUCCGCAGUUUUAUGAACUUUUGCUACCAGGAAGGGAGCGCCAUUCUGAUUCAGACAUCACAGAUUUCAAGACUUUACGGUCCAAGCUCGAGUUGGAGACCCUCCAUCAACUAAAGUUGUGCCAAGAAAAAAUGUAUAAAGCGUCAGAGAGUGCGCAAAAUGACCAUGAACCCAAGGACCCUUCAAAAAACGUUGAGGCUGAUCUUUCCACUGCACUGAAUGAUUUUUCAUUCCCCGAUGACAAUGUUAUAAAAAUUGUGCCUUAUAGUACUUCAAACCCACAUGAAAGAAUUUGCAAUUCUGUUUCAGAGUCUUGCAGCACUCCCACCCACAAUGAUUCUGCACAGUCACAAGACACAUUGAGUGCUGAACAUUACAAUCUUGCAAAAUUAGGAGACGCAUUGCCCCAUGUGCUGUGUGGAAUUAAAUGCCCUGAGAAGCAGGCAGCACAGACACGCAUGCUUGAGAGUAGAGUAACUAGUCAGCAACGCUGCUCCUCAGCUAGCACAUUAGGUAAGAACCGCAAGCAGCUUAAACGGUCCCACACCACAGUGAUUCAGAUCCUUGAUAACUCCAAGGAAUUAGCAAUUGAAACACUUAAGGUUUCUGAGCAACUCGGUCUUGAUCCUUCGACCCAAUGCUUCGGAAGCCCCGUUAUAAAAUCGAGCUCCAGACAACAUUUUCCGGCCAAAAUGGACCAGGAUAAAGUGCGAGAGGAGCGGAUGGGGAGUCAAAACAAACCUGUUAAGUCAACAGAAAAACUUGGAAGUUCAGUUCUAUCUUCAGGUGGUGACAGUGGACAUAAUGAAAAUGAGGAUGUUCCAAACCUUCCAGGAUCCAUCAAACAAUGCUGGUGACUGAAUGCUUCCUAAUAAAAUGGAGAGCCUUCAUUCCUUAUGGUAUUCCUUAUCCCUCUUGACUUCUCAAAAAAAUUCCACUUUCAAGUAUGUGCCUAUUAUUUUAAUGACAGAUGGAAAACAGAUUGGCAUCACCUAAUGAGGAAUAUUAUGUACAUUGGAUAAAUGAGCACUCUUGGAAAAUGUCAGCAAUUGUUUUCAGAAAGCUUAAAAUUAAUCUUCACAUGGAAAUGUUUUCACGGUCCUUGAAGUCAAAACAAUGUGUGAUGUAAUUCAAACAACAAAAUAUUAUUUGAAAAUUGAGAAACAGUUUUAUUUCAUAUUCAGGUACUACAUGCAUUGUUCUCUACCAAUAAUACCAUUUUGUGUUUUGGACUGCUUCCAGUAAAAGUUACAAUUACUAUAUGUAAUGACUAUUUAGUACUUUGUUCCCUGUGUUCUCAUUUGCUCAAACUUAAUAACUGUGCUUUCCUCAACUUUCUGCUCUUGCAUGCUCUUUACCUGCACAUGUCAUCCAUAAUUUACUUCCCCCGUCACCUCUAAAUAUUUUUCUGUUGACUCCUAAUUACAGUCCUUGCUCUUUCCUGCCCCCAAACAUCCAUACCUCCAUAUCAGCACAUCUAGUUUCUCAUUGUUUAAAUCCACUAAUACAUUUCCAUGCAGGGGGCCCACUCUCAAAACCCCAAUCAUGCUUGUCUGGACUUUGCUUAUUAAUACUCCGUGACGAGUAAUAUUUGUCUUCCCAUUGAAAUGCUGCCAACUCUGAAACCACUGCUGCAGGUUCCCACACUCUGGUAUUUCUCCGUAUGUUAAAUAGAACUUAUCUCCUGUAUGCAUUGUUGGACAUUUUUGCAUAUUCGCGUUUGUGUUGUGAACUUCAAAGUAAUUGGUUUCUUAAAUUAAUGUAGAAGAAUAAACAUUCUGGCCAAAAAUACCUCUAAUUUUUCCCAUAAAAUUUGCAGUAAAAUGCAGGUUUUUUGAAUUGUUGUACAUCAACACAUGCAGUGAGUUAUAUUUCUGAAUCCACUUUAUCAGAGUGAAACAUCCCAAGGUGCUUCACUGUGGACUUGUAAACAGCAAACAAUGCCAUUGGAGAUCUGAUUGUUUUGUCUGUUAUUGGAAAUCUAAAUAAAUUCCACUUCAGCAUUAGAAAUAA